AUGGGGAGGCCAGAGCCCCCAGAAGAACAGCUAGACUCACAAAAGCAGCUGGAAGCUGCUACUUCUGCUGCUACAGACAGCAGAGCUGGUCCCGCUGCUGCUGUUGCGCCAGCAGCAAGCGCCAGCUGCUCUGAGGCGGCACCUGCGGAGGGCGUGGGGCCCCGAGUAGAUGAGGGCUUUGGGGGGACAGAUGCAGUAGGCAGCGCUGCGCACACGCGGAGCCGACUGCAGCUGCAGCAGCAACUGCAGGAGCAGCAGCAGCAGCAGCAAGACCAGCUGCAGAAGCAGGCGAUGUUGCAGCAGUCAAGGCCUUCACCAAGUGUGGAGGAUGUGCUGUCUGCUCUGCUACGCGUGCUCUCCGCCGUGCAGCUCGUUUCCCCCGCCUCGAAUGACGCAGCAGCAGCAGCAGCAGCAGCAGCAGCAACGGCUACUGCAGCAGCAGCAGUGGGUCCCAAUGGCGCCUCUCACCCGCACAAAGGCGCACAGCAAGUCCUGCAUGAGGCGCAGCCAGCUGCCCUUCUACUGAAGCAGCAGCAGCCUUUGGAAUUGCAGCGGCUGCUGCUCAGCGACUGCAGCAUCCCCCAGCUGCUGCUGCGGGCAGUGCACUUGGCCAUGAACAGCGGCUUGCUGCUGCUGCGACAACCGCAGCAGCAGCAACAGCAGCAGAAGCAACAGCAGCAACAGCAGCAGCAGCAGCAGCUCGAUCAGUUUGCCGCGGAUUUGUUGAGGGCUCGGAUUGCUCCUUUUCUUUUGCUGCCUUCUCCGUUCCCAUUUUGUCGCUAUAAGCAGGCACUCUCUGUGGCUCCCCACUUCAACAGGCUCAUAGACAACAUCACAACAGACCCCCAGUGGCUGCUGCAGCAGCUGCAGCUUGCUGCAGCACACGAUGCCUUCCUGGCCCGCCUGCUGCGGAUUUUGCAAAGAGUGUACAUCAGCAGCAGCAGCAGCAGCAGCAGCAGCAGCAGCAGCAGCAAGAGUGCGCCGCGUUCCAUCCAGAAGGACAUCCGGCUUCAUUUGCUGCGCACAGACUUCAUGUUGGACACCUCUGUCGAGCAGCAGCAGCAGCAGCAGCACCCAGCAGCAGCAGCAGCAACAGAAGCAGCAGCAGCAGCAGCAGAAGAGGCAAGAGCCUGGCCGCUGCGGCUGGUGGAGGUGAACACAAUUGCUGUUUCUUUUGCGGGCCUGAGCCAGCGCGUGUCGGAGCUGCACAGACUCCUGGUGCAGCAGCUAGCUGCAGCACAGCUAGCCAAAGAGCAGCAGCAGCUAGCUGGGGCUUUUCCCGCUGCUGCUGCUUCUCCCGGGGGGGCCCAGGAGUUCCCAGCCUGCCCCCACAAUACGCCUGUGGAGGAAAUGGCUGCUGCUGUUGCUGCUGCCCACCGCGCCUACGUAGCGCGGCUGCAGCAGCAGCUGCAGCAGCAGCAGCAGCAGCAGCAGCAGCAGCAGCAGCAGCAGCGCGUGUUUCCUAUGGUGAUGCUGCUAGUGUGUCUCGAGCCCGAGACCAACUUAUUUGAUCAGCUGCAGCUGCAGACAGCAGUGGAGACGGCGAGCGGCGUGCAGCUGCUGCGGCUGUCCCCGCAGCAGCUCUACGACUUGUGGCAGCAGCAGCAGCUGCUGCUGCUGCACCCCGACGGCAGCAGCAGCAAGUGGAAAGCCACCGGCGCAGCAGACGAGCCCUGCCCGCCCGCAGGCCGUCUGCUGCUCCGCAGCCUGCCUCCAGGCCGCGGCCCCCGCUGCAGCUGCCCCCAGCAGCAGCAGCAGCAGCAGCAGCAGCAGCAGCAGCAGCAGGAGUCCAGCUGCUGCUGCUGCUGGCACGAAGUGUCGCUGCUGCUGCUGCGGUCGCUGUACUGCCCCAGCCACUACCCACACGAAGGCAUUUGGCAGCUGAGAGAAAUGCUGGAGGUCUCCGACGCAAUUAAAGUCCCUUCAGUUGCUGCGCAGCUCGCGGGCACAAAGAAGGUGCAGCAGCUCUUCAGCAGGGACCUGCAGCAGCUCCUGCGGCUGCAGCAGCAGCAGCAGCAGCAGCAGCAGCAGCAGCUGGGGUGCUCCGCUGCGUCCGCACAGGUAGAAGAUGUCCUGCAGCGCUUCUUGCCCUGCCCAGCAGCAAGAGCAGCAGUUCGCGAAGUGCUGCAGCCCCACGUUGACCCUGCAGACACGCCUUUCCCAGCAGCAGCAGCAGCAGCAGCACCCGCUGCAGCAGCAGCAGCAGCAGCAGCAGCAAGCACCCCACUGGAAGCCUUGAGUCUAGCUAUGGUCGAAGACGCUGUGGCUAAUCCCCAGCUCUAUUUGCUGAAGCCCCAGCGGGAAGGCGGGGGCAACAACGUGUGCGGGCCGCUGCUGCAGCAGCUGCUCUCGCGGCACCUUGCUGCUGCUGCUCCUGCUGCUUCUGCUGCUCCUCCUGGCGCCCACUCUGCUGCUGCUGCUGCUGCGUCUGCCCCUGCUGCUGCUGCUGCUGCUGCAGGCCUUGCUGGGAAGGCCCCAGACAGGCUUCAGUCUUAUGUCCUCGUGCGGCGCAUGUUCCCUCCUGUGCUGCCUUCUUUGUGUUUGAGAAUGGAAGCAGAGCAGCAGCAGCAGCAGCAGCAGCAGCAGCAGCAGCAGCAAGGGCUCUUUUCGUCGGUGCAGUGCAGAGCCAUUGCAACUGUGGGGGAGCUGGGAGUCUUCAGUGCGUUUCUGUACUGCGGAGAAGGGCAGCAGCUGCUAAGCAGCAGCAGCGGCAGCAGCAGCAGCAGCAGCAGCAGCAGCAGCUAUGAGCUCAACGUGAGCUGCGGGACGCUGCUGAGGUCAAAAGCAGCAGCAGCAGAUGAAGGUGGAGUUGCUGCUGGCUACGCCCAGCUGGACUCGCCUUUGCUGUUUGCUGGAGAUGAGGCCUGGGCCCUUGUGCAGCAGCUGCAGCAGCUGGGAAGCACCUGGGCUUAA